AUGGUGCUGCGACUGCUGAUGCGCUACCUGGCCAACAACGAGCAGCUCAUCCAGCGCAUGGCCGAGAGCUAUCCCAUGAGACGGGCUGCCCAGCUGGUCGUUUCCCUCAUGUACCGCACCAAGGACUUGGCCAGGGAGCAGGGACUGCACGAGAUGACGCCAGAGCGCUUCAAAUCCUUCGUUGACAUGUUCAAAAACAAUGUGCGGCAAGAACUGGAGGGAGUGAAGAAGGAGCUCAAUAGCAAGAAAAAGAACUAGG